GAGAGAAACGGGGGAAAAUUGUAGAGAGAGAAAGAAGGGGAAGGAGAGAGAGAGAGAGAGAGAGGGGUUGAGGUUGUUUUUGUUGUGUUUUAUUUUUUCUCUCCAUUUUGUUCUUUCUCUGUUUUGUGAAGAGGAAGAGGAGAGAGAGAAAGAAAUCUCUCUCUCUAUUCUUUUUUUUUUUUUUUUUGGAGAUUUUUUUUAUUUUUUAAUUUUGUUUGGAUUUUGAGUUUCUUGGAGUGGAGAGAGGGGGAUUGAGGGAAUUAGGGUUUCCAACCAUGAAUGUGAUGCGCCGGCUGAAGAGCAUUGCUUCUGGUCGUACAUCCAUUUCAUCUGAUCCUGGUGGGGAUUCUAUCACAAAGAGAGCAAAGUUUGAUCAAGAGACGGAACGGAAGGAUACUGAGGAGCCAAAUAGAGUAGAGAGAUGUGCCACGGGUCUGGAGCAGCAUAUGGCUUCCACAUCACUAGAAACCGCUGCAAGCACAUCUGAUAUAUCUUCAAUGCCUAUAAAAGAGAAGUCUGGUUAUGAUCAGCUUCCUAAAGAAAUGCAUGAAAUGAGAAUUAGAGAUGAGAAAGCAAACAACCAUGAUGAAAAGGAAGUGGAAGCUGCUGUUGUGAAUGGUAAUGGAACAGAAACAGGUCAGAUAAUUGCAACUACCAUAGCUGGUCGAAAUGGACAACCAAAACAGACAAUCUCGUACAUGGCAGAGCGCGUGGUUGGCACUGGUUCAUUUGGUGUUGUCUUUCAGGCUAAGUGCCUGGAAACAGGUGAAGCAGUUGCAAUAAAGAAGGUGCUGCAGGAUAAGAGAUAUAAGAAUAGAGAACUUCAGAUUAUGCGCUUACUUGACCAUCCUAAUGUUGUUCAACUGAGGCACUGUUUCUUCUCAACUACGGAGAAAGAUGAGUUGUACCUUAACCUUGUCCUGGAGUAUAUAUCUGAAACUGUCUACCGAGUUUCAAAGCACUAUAUCAGGAUGACCCAACACAUGCCCAUCAUGCAUGUACAACUUUAUGCAUACCAGAUUUGUCGUGCGCUAAAUUACUUGCAUCAUGUUGUUGGAGUGUGUCAUCGUGACAUUAAGCCACAGAAUCUGCUGGUCAAUCCCCACAGUCAUCAGUUAAAGAUAUGCGAUUUUGGCAGUGCAAAAAUGCUGGUGCCAGGUGAACCCAACAUAUCAUAUAUUUGCUCACGAUAUUAUAGGGCUCCAGAACUUAUAUUUGGGGCUACCGAAUACACAACUGCAAUUGAUAUGUGGUCAGUUGGUUGUGUCCUUGCUGAGCUUCUUCUAGGACAGCCACUGUUUCCUGGUGAAAGUGGUGUUGAUCAGUUGGUCGAGAUCAUUAAGAUUCUGGGGACUCCUACUAGAGAAGAAAUCAAGUGCAUGAAUCCUAAUUACAAUGAGUACAAAUUCCCUCAGAUCAAAGCUCACCCGUGGCACAAGAUAUUUCACAAGCGAAUGCCCCCUGAAGCAGUGGAUCUUGUGUCAAGGCUGCUCCAGUAUUCACCAAGUCUUCGUUGCACCGCCUUGGAAGCAUGUGCGCACCCCUUCUUUGAUGAUCUGAGAGACCCAAAUGUAUCCUUGCCUAAUGGGCGAGCACUACCUCCAUUGUUCAAUUUCACAGCUCAAGAACUUGCUGGCGCAUCUGCUGAGCUGCGUCGUCGCCUCAUUCCGGAGCAUGCAAGGAAUUAAAUUUCAUUGGACGCGGUUUUAACAUCUGUAGGCACUACAAAUGAGUUUUUGUAUGCUCAGUUGUCGGAAGAGGCAUGCUGCCCUGCCCCAGUAGCCGAGGACCUGCCGCCUUUCAACUUCAUGAAUUGUUCAUGAUAGAAGCAAGGGGUGGAGAGUCUAGGGGCUGGCAGGCUGUCCAUCAACGAUGAGAUGGAUCUGCAGGCGCAAUUAUCAGGUGGAGGGAGUGGAAUUGCUUGAAUGAGGGUGACAUUUUGCAUUUUUACGUUGUGACAUGUAUGCCUUGACUUACAAAUGUGCUAUCGUUUUGUCAUAUAUACUUGAUGGGCAUUUUAUAUGGGGACUGACUCGGUGGGCUCUUCGGUGUACAUUGUUCCUGCUCACUUUUGGUGUUACAGAGAAAUUCAUGAUGUUUGUUUAUUGUUUUAUAAAGUGUUUUUUGUGUUUUGAUU